AUGUCUAUCUCAAAUGAGGCGUUACAGAAGUUGGUCCAGGAGAUCGAAACUCAGGCCGUACAGUCCCAACAACAGAUUGCCCUUGUAAAGUCACAAAUGGCAUCAAAACAACGUGAGAUGCGAAUGCUUCAGCUCACCUCGAGUGAGGUGUCCACUCUUCCACCUGAUACUCCUGUCUACGAAGGAGUCGGCAAAAUGUUUGUUCUCAGCCCCAUCACCGGCGUCGACACCAGAUUAAAGGCAGAAACCCAAGAGCUGAAAUCAGAUGUCGAGAAUCUGGGAAAGAAACUGCAAUAUCUGGAGACGACCUAUAAGAAUAGUCGAGAGCACAUUGAUCAGAUAUUUAAAAAUGGUGGAAGAGGUUGA